UCGCUGUCCAGCGCUGCUGUGCUGAAUCUCCUUGCUCGUCCCUGGCGCUGGAUGCUUGAACGUCGCCGCUAUCCGGCGCUGUGGAGCCUGCGGAGGAGUUGGAGCUGCUCCAGACUCUCGCUGCGCCUUCUUCCCCGUCAGUCUGCCGACUAGUGAGAAUGUAAACGGCGACCGCCCUCGCUGCCACUCGCUGAGCGAUGAGACCGGGAGAUACGCCAUCUGCAUCCCACCAACAUGGACGAAGACCUCUUUCAGCUUCGGCAUCUACCAGUGGUCAAGUUUCGUCGCACGGGUGAAAGUGCAAGGUCAGAAGAUGACACGUGCUCUGGGGAGCACGAGAUUGAGAUUGAAGGGGUCCGAUCCGAACUGGAGCAAGUCGAACUGGAGGAUGGAGCCACAGUGCCCAAAGAUUUCGCAAAUCCAACUGACGAUGUGUUCAUGGUGGAAGAUGCUGUCGAGGCCAUUGGAUUUGGAAAGUUUCAGUGGAAACUCUCGGCCCUUACUGGACUGGCAUGGAUGGCAGAUGCCAUGGAGAUGAUGAUCCUGAGUAUACUGGCACCUCAGCUGCACUGCGAGUGGCGUUUACCAAGCUGGCAAGUUGCCUUCCUAACCUCGAUGGUGUUUAUUGGAAUGAUGUCCAGCUCUUCGCUGUGGGGAAACGUAUCAGACCAGUACGGCAGAAAGACAGGUCUAAAAGUGAGCGUACUGUGGACACUGUACUAUGGAAUACUGAGUGCCUUCUCACCGAUCUACAGUUGGAUACUUGUCCUCAGAGGUUUGGUAGGCUUUGGGAUUGGAGGUGUUCCACAAUCAGUAACAUUAUACGCAGAAUUUCUUCCAAUGAAAUCGAGGGCAAAGUGUAUCUUACUAAUAGAGGUGUUCUGGGCCUUUGGGACGGUGUUUGAAGUGCUCCUGGCUGUAGUGGUGAUGCCCACAUUGGGCUGGCGCUGGCUGCUCAUUCUGUCGACGGUGCCCCUCAUGAUUUUCGCUGUCUUUUGUUUUUGGCUUCCAGAGAGUGCCCGUUAUGAUGUAUUAUCUGGGAAUCAAGAGAAGGCUCUUGCCACAUUAAAGCGCAUUGCUACAGAAAAUGGAGCACCUAUGCCACUUGGAAAACUGAUAGUUGCCAGGCAGGAGGAACGUGGUCGGAUCCAAGACCUCUUCACACCAGAGUUUCGAAUGACCACUAUCCUGUUAUGGUUCAUUUGGUUUUCCAAUGCUUUCUCCUAUUAUGGAUUGGUUUUAUUAACCACAGAGCUUUUCCAGGAAGGUGAUGUGUGUGGCAUGGCAGCAAGCGAGAGGAAACCUGAGGGAAGAUGUUCUCUAGAAUGCAAGUAUCUGAAUGCCACCGAUUACACAGACCUCCUCUGGACAACAUUGUCAGAAUUCCCAGGUGUUUUAAUAACUCUGUGGAUUAUUGAUCGGAUUGGACGGAAGAAGACUAUGGCUGUAUCUUUCCUUAUGUUUUCAUUCUUUGCUCUUCUGUUGUUUGCAUGUGUUGGGAGGUUUACCCUCACAGUAUUCCUCUUUAUUGCCAGGGCAUUCAUAUCAGGUGGUUUUCAGGCUGCAUAUGUCUAUACACCCGAGGUUUACCCGACUGCCACCCGGGCACUGGGCUUGGGGACAUGCAGUGGGAUGGCUCGUGUGGGAGCACUCAUCACUCCUUUCAUUGCACAGGUCAUGUUGGAAUCCUCAAUCUAUCUAACGCUUUCAGUGUACAGUGGAUGCUGUUUGUUGGCAGCACUUGCUUCCUGCUUCCUACCAAUUGAGACAAUGGGGCGAGGUCUUCAAGAAUCCAGCCAGCAGGAGUGGGGCCAGGAAAUGGUGGGUAGGACACACCGUUCGGGCAGUUCAACCAGGAGCAACUAGAGCACGUUAAUUGCAAGCAAAACAGGCUCUUGAUAAUAGAAAUGGCCUUGCAGGAAGCAGACAACAUUGUGAUCAUUACUAAUAUACAUCCAUUGGGCUGGUUAUUAACACCGUGAGUACGAGAUGGAAAUCAAAUGUAAUAUGUUGCUCUUAUUAUAUAUAUAUAUAUAUAAAUGGGAAAGAACCCUCUUGGCAACUUCAAAAUGCUGAACAAAAGGCCACAUGCAAAGGACUGGAAUCUAAAGAUGGAAUCAAAAAUAGAAUGUGAGAAUCAGCCUUUCAUACAUUACCAUUUAUCCAGUCACUACCCAGACAAGCUUUGUUAUUUACCAACUGUAACCAUGGUUUCCUUCCCAUUACCAUGAGUCACUGUAUUACUUGUAACAAAAAAGAUACCAUAUCAACUGAACUGAAAAUUACCACUUGUAUACAACAAAUUUCAAUUCAAAUGGUCCAAGCUAUUUCUUAUGGUUACCACUCAGUCACAUUUUCAGUGAGUCAUUGCUCUAUUGCACAGAAGUAACCAAAAAAUGUGAAAGCAUGAUAUUCAAAUAACCUCUGGAGAUGUGAAUGUGUGUGUGUGGAUAAAAGAUGCAAAAGGUUGUCUUUUUAACGUUACAUGAACUAAAAAUUAAAUGUCAAUGUGAGGCGAUUGUUGCAGGAAUCCCUGCCAUUGCAACAAGACUAAGUAUUGUCCACGAGGCCAAUCAGUUUGUAUUAGCAAGAUUUGUCUGUAAAUACUGUACCAUGUAAUGAUUGCUUAAUAAACCUGUCACUUUCAAACAAUAAAAAGUGUUUGGGAUUGU